AUGGCGUCAAGUGAAGAUGAUCAUAGCGAUGGUGAGAGCAUCAAAAGUGAUAAAAGCACAGUUUUAUUAGAUAACAAUUAUAAAUGUUGUACCAAAAAAGUGUGCGCGAUCCAAAUUUGCAUAAAUUGCGAAGGUAUAUACCAUGGAUCUUGCGUUAAGAAGAAAAACAUCAAGGUAAUCAGUGGAAGAUAUAUCGAGUGUUGUGAUAAGAUCCUCGAAAAACGCAAAAAACUGAACAAGGAAGAAGUUUUGGAGCUCAAGAUCGAAUACCUGAGCCCGGAAAGAAAAGUUUGGUUGAAUAUCUAUAGAGUAAACAAUAAUGUAACAACUGAAAUGGUGGAAGGUCAUAUCAAGAAACAACCUGGUUUCGAAAAUACAAAAAUUACUGUAACAGAACUACAGACAAAACAAGGACAACUCAAAAAUUUUUGUGUUACAGCUCCACUUACAAAGAAGAAUGAAAUACCUGAGGGAAGUCAUGGUGGAUCAGCUUUAUAUUUUCACAAAAACAUCAAAGGCAAAACAAGAAAACAACUGCAAAAAUUUUCCAAGUAUGGAGAGUUUGAAUGUGCAGCUGGAGAGUGGACCACAAAAAAGAGACAAUUCAUAGUUCUGUCAAUAUAUAGACCUCCAAAUGGUAGCAUAAAAACUUUCCUGUCCGCAAUGGAAAAAGUUUUAGAGAAAAUUCAUCAAGAAAAUAAGGAGAUAAUAAUAGCAGGUGAUUUCAAUAUUGAAUUAUUAAGACCAAAUAAAGAUGCAUCUGAGUUACUAAAUUUGAUGGAAUCUUUCAAUCUCAAUCCAGUAAUUAACCAGGAUACAAGAGUUACUGAUAGGUCAAGUUCAUCCAUUGACAAUAUUUUCACAAAUAUUUCUGAUUGGGAAAGUUCUGUGUUCAACAUUCAUGUAUCAGAUCAUAAAGCGCAAAAACUCAGUUUCUUAAUAGAAAUAGAGAAAAAUAAUAAUCUUAAGUUCUGUCGAUUUUAUGGUCUGCAAGAAAAAAAGACAUUUCUGGAGGAAUUAUUCAGUCAGAGCUGGGAGCUUGUAAGAGAAGCAGACACACAAAAUGUUGAUGAGCAAUGGAAUAUUUUCAUGUCGGACUUUACGAAUAUAUUCAAUAAAAACUUCCCAAAAAAACUGUCAAUAAACAAAAAGCAUUUGAGCAAGUAUAGAUCACCUGAAAUUGAAGAAAUAAAAAAGAGACUAGAUAUUCUUUUGAUUAUGAGUAACGCUAGUAAACAACAUAUGGAUCUGUACAGAAAUACAAAGAAAGAAUAUGACCACGCACUGAAAAAACAGAGAACAAAAUCUUAUGAGGAACGGGUGAUUAGAUCUGACAAUAAAAGCAAGACUAUGUGGCAAAUCUGCAAGGAAAUAUCAGGUACAAUUAAAGAUCAAGAGAAUUAUCAGCUAGAAGGAACCCCAGAAGAAAUUGCGGAAAAUUUAAAUAUACACUUCAACAAUACAGUAACUGAUAUAUUGAAAAACUUACCCACAAUAGCUAUAAAUUAUUCCCACAUGAAGUAUAUCGAUAAAUCUUUUUAUUUGAAACCUACCACUCCUACAGAAGUUGAAAAUUUAGGUGAAUCGAUUAAAAACAAAUUCAGUAGUGGUGACGAUGAAAUCCCGAUUAUGAUAGUCAAACUAGCAUUGCCAGCAGUUAGCAAAAUAAUAUCAUAUAUAAUAAACAACUCAUUCAAAUAUGGUAUUUUUCCUGAGAGUCUAAAGAUGGCAUUAAUAAAACCCAUCUUCAAAGAAGGUCAUCCAGAAAUUUUAAGCAACUACCGGCCCAUUAGUCUACUACCAGCUUUCUCUAGAGUUUUUGAAAUGCUGGUGUCUGCAAGAAUCAUAAAUUUUUUCAAUGAAGAAGACCUAUUCAAUCACACUCAACACGGAUAUCUACAUGGACGAUCGACACAAACAGCCAUCUUUCAGUUUGUACAGUACAUCUUGGAAUUACUCGAAGACAAAAAAAUGGCAUUGGGAAUAUUCUUGGACAUUUCCAAGGCCUAUGAUUCAUUAAAUAUGGAAUAUUUGCUUAAAAAAUUGGAAUUUUAUGGUGUACGAGGAAAUGCAAAUGAUUGGCUGAAAUCCUACAUGUCUUACAGAAAACAAAGAGUAACCGUCACAAAAGACAAUAUUACCAGCAAAUCAAAAAUACUAACAAGAACGAUAGGAAUAGAUCAAGGAAGCGUCAUUGGAACAUUACUUUUCAUAAUUUACCUGAAUGACUUGGGAAACAUAAUUCAAAAUAGUGAAGGAAAUAUUGUCAAUUUCGUCGACGACACAAAUUUACUUACUGGUGCAGAAGAUUUUGAAGAGCUGACAAGAAGAGCAAGUCACAUUUUUAAUGAUGUAGAAAUAUCGGGCAUAUCUUGA